AAAGGGGGAGUGCGUAUUUAAACGCUACGAAUUUGCCACAUUAUCCUCCAUGGGUCGAAAGCCCAUUACAAUGCCCCAUCCCCCAUAGCGACAAUGCCGGUAAGAGCCAUCCGAUACAGGCCCUUAUGGAUUGAGGUGGCCCACAGCCCACUGAUGUUUUAAUAUGUAAUUUUCAAUUCUCUGGAGUUCCGAAGUCAUUUAGGAUUGUCCGGAGACAGGACUGACGGGGGCUUCUGCUCAAUCGGGGGGCUGGCGUGAAGCGUGAUGCGUGUUCGGGGCUCACUUUUUAGGUUUUAUAAUAUACUAUCAGCGGCAUCUGCUUAUCAUGGCAUCAAAUUUACAUAAGGAUCCUCCAACCACUUGCAGCGACGAUAAAGAUGGCUCAUUUUACUUUGGUCUAAUGGAUCCUGACGGCAAGAAAUUUGGGAGAGGGCCCAGAGAACUUACUGGUGCUGCUGAUCUCAUUAAUCACUACAAGUUGUCAGUCCACCAUGAGUUCUUCUGCAAGAGGUCACUUCCUUUGUCAAUCUCCGAUACACACUAUCUCCACAAUGUGGUGGGUGACACAGAAAUUAGGAAAGGAGAAGGGAUGGAAUUGGACCAGCUCAUUCAGGACACCUCGUAUGCAAGAGAUACAAAUGCACUCAUACAGCCUUUUGACCUGGAUACUCUCAAAGAAGCCUUUCUGCUGAGAGAAACAACCCCCAUUGAUCUGCCGUCUGCAGAAAAGGGGAUCCCUACUGUUGCAGGUAAAUCAAAAAGUGAAUCUAAAGAUAAGGAGAAGAAACAUAAGAAGCACAAGGACAGGGAUAAGGAAAAGGAUAAGGAGCAUAAGAAGCAUAAACACCGCCACAAGGACCGGAGUAAAGAUAAGGACAAGGAGAAGAAGAAAGACAAAAGUGGGCAUCACGAUUCUGGUGCUGACCACUCAAAGAAACAUCAUGACAAGUUACAGAAAAGGAAGCAUGACGGGAGUGAAGAUCUUGCUGACAUUCACAGACACAAGAAAAGUAAGCAAAAGAGCACAAAGUUGGAUGAGAUAGGUGCGAUAAGGGUAGCAGGCUGAUGAUGUGUCAUAUAGCCGUCUCUAUUUCUGAUUUCAUAUUUGGUGCUGUUGAAAAUUAGGAAGAGCUUUUCAUGUGCUGACAAUUUUCAUGGUACCUGCAAGACAAUUGCCCCAUUGAAGAAGAUCAAGUACAAGAAGCGGCACCUCUGCUCACUGAGAACAUGAGAUAAGCGGGACCUGCAAGACAAUACCCAUGUAUAGAAAUUUCUGGUUCAAUAUAUUUCCUUUUUGAAUCUCAUCAGAGACCUCUGCUCACUGAGAACAUAUAAUGAUUACAGCACAAAUAUUAUUUUCGUUUGCCAUUGAUUUCCUUACUCUGGAAUCUGGAGAUUUUAUAAUCUCGAAGCUCUCAUACACAAAUAUUGGGUAUUUAUAUUUCUUAGGGACCUUCAAGGUAACCGUUUGAGAUGUCUGUAUCUGUUAAUAGUCUAAAUAAGUUUCCCUGUGACCUGAUUUACUUGUAUCUUCCAGAAGCCAGAGUAGUGGUACUGAUCCCUUGUAUCUUUCUCAUGUUGAUUGAUCAGCUAGAACAGUAGAGCCCUAUGGGUAACUUCAUCAUUCUCACU